GGCUCGCUGUUAGGCCGCGAUACUCUCGCACGUUCUCGACCUUUCCAAACUCCGUUUUCACGGUUCGGCACGCACGAAUAAUCCCGAUAUGUCGGAUUCAGAAGGUGCCAGCGACGCGGGAAGCGUCGGAGGAAGAUCUCGAAGCGUCUCUCGCAGCAGAAGUCCGUCGCGAAGCUCGGGAUCCAGGAGCCCGUCCAGAUCUCGAUCGCGUUCCCGAUCACCGUCCGGCUCAGAAGAUGGAGACGCGAAGAUGGACGAGGCAGAAGAAGUCAGAUCGGGAGAUGAAGAAGCUGUGGAACCAGAAGAGGAACCUGAAGGAGAAGACUUGGACAAUAGCAGUGAAUACGAUGAGGAAGAAGACGAAGAGGACGAUGAUAGGCCGAGAAAGAAAAAGAAGAAGGAUAGGUUUGGCGGCUUCAUUAUAGACGAAGCUGAAGUAGAUGAUGAAGUGGAGGAUGACGAUGAAUGGGAGGAAGGUGCCCAAGAAAUUGGUAUCGUGGGAAACGAAGUGGACGAACUAGGACCGACUGCGCGUGAGAUUGAAGGACGACGUAGAGGUACAAAUCUUUGGGAUUCGCAGAAAGAGGAUGAAAUUGAGGAGUACCUCCGGAAAAAGUAUGCCGACGAAUCGAUCGCCGCUCGUCGUUUUGGCGACGGCGGCGAAGAAAUGAGUGACGAAAUCACCCAGCAAACUUUGUUGCCCGGCGUGAAAGAUCCAAAUUUGUGGAUGGUGAAAUGCCGUAUAGGAGAAGAAAAGGCUACCGUCUUGUUGUUGAUGCGUAAAUUUAUCACGUAUCAAUUUUCCAGUGAACCUCUCCAGAUAAAAUCCGUCGUGGCUCCGGAAGGCGUCAAGGGUUACAUUUAUAUAGAGGCUUACAAGCAGCCGCAUGUGAAAGCUGCUAUUGAAAAUGUAGGAAAUCUCAGAAUGGGUAUAUGGAAGCAGCAAAUGGUACCCAUUAAAGAGAUGACGGAUGUGCUGCGAGUAGUUAAAGAGCAGACCGGGUUGAAAGCUAAACAAUGGGUCCGUUUGAAACGAGGGAUUUAUAAAGAUGACAUAGCUCAAGUUGAUUAUGUCGAUUUAGCACAGAAUCAGGUUCACUUGAAAUUGCUUCCGAGAAUCGACUACACUAGACCACGUGGCGCAUUGAGAACAGCGCAGAGCGAAUCCGAAGCGCUGAAACGGAAAAAGAAAAGACGACCACCUGCAAAACCAUUCGAUCCGGAAGCAAUCCGUGCGAUUGGCGGAGAGGUUACCAGCGACGGUGAUUUCCUUAUUUUUGAAGGAAACAGAUAUAGUCGAAAAGGUUUUCUGUAUAAAAAUUUUACUACAAGUGCUAUUAUUGCGGAAGGUGUUAAGCCUACACUUUCCGAAUUGGAGAGAUUUGAGGAGGCGCCGGAAGGUGUUGAGAUAGAUUUAAGUGGCGCGCCUGGAACUGGUACUUCUGGGAAAGAAGAUCAGUCUCUAAUUCAUUCCUUCAGUAACGGAGAUAAUGUAGAAGUCUGCGAAGGUGAAUUAAUAAAUCUGCAGGGAAAAAUUGUUUCCAUAGAUGGGAACAUGAUUAUGGUUAUGCCGAAACACGAAGAGCUUAAAGAAGCUUUAGAAUUUCAAGCUUCGGAGCUACGAAAAUACUUUACGCAAGGUGACCAUGUUAAGGUUGUAGCCGGUAGAUAUGAAGGCGAUACAGGUUUAAUUGUUAGAGUCGAACAAAAUAGAGUAGUUUUAUUCUCCGAUUUGUCGAUGCACGAACUCGAGGUUCUUCCGAGGGAUCUACAAUUAUGCUCUGACAUGGCUACCGGCGUCGAUAGCUUAGGACAAUUCCAAUGGGGUGACUUGGUGCAGCUAGAUACACAAACGGUCGGCGUUAUCGUCCGAUUGGAACGCGAGAAUUUCCACGUACUCUCGAUGCAUGGGAAAGUGGUCGAGGCAAGACCGCAAGGGCUUACGAAGCGUCGAGAGAAUAGAAACGCGGUCGCUUUGGACUCGCAACAGAACACGAUACAGAAGAAGGACAUCGUUAAAGUGGUUGACGGGCCGCAUGCGGGUCGAGGUGGUGAAAUUAAACACCUGUACAGAAGUUUUGCCUUUUUGCACUCAAGAAUGUUUGUUGACAACGGUGGAAUAUUUGUUUGCAAGACUAGACAUUUACAGCUGUCCGGUGGAAAUAAAACAACGUCUAUUAAUUCAAUGUCACCAGUGGCAGGAUUUAUGUCGCCUAGAAUUGCCUCCCCGAUGCAUCCCAGCGGAGGUGGUUUUGGACGAGGUGGUGGAGGUGGAAGAGGCAGGGGCCGCGGUGGUGGUGCCGGUGCGAGACGCGACAGGGAAUUAAUUGGGACCACCAUCAAGAUAACAGGCGGACCGUACAAGGGAAAUGUCGGUAUAGUAAAAGAUGCGACGGAGAACACAGCGCGCGUUGAACUGCAUUCGACGUGCCAAACAAUCUCCGUCGACCGAUCUCACAUAGCAAACGUCGGCGUGCCAACAAAAGAUGGCGGCUUUAGUAGCUACAACAGAACUCCGGCUUACGGACCUGGUGGACAGACGCCGAUGUACACGAGGGAUGGAUCUAAAACACCUAUGCACGGUUCUCAGACGCCGAUGUACGAGAACGGUUCUCGUACUCCGCAUUACGGAUCGAUGACGCCGUCGCACGACGGAUCUCGAACUCCAGGACAGUCUGGAGCCUGGGAUCCGACUGUUACCAACACGCCCGCCAGAACGAACGACUUCGAUGGAUACAGUAUGGAAGAGGGUGGUUCGCCCGGUUACGGGCCCGGAUAUCCUCCUACCGGGGGACCGUUUACUCCGCAGACUCCGGGAACUAUGUACGGCUCGGAACAAAGUUUCAGUUCGUAUCAACCGAGUCCUAGUCCUGGGGGCAGUACUACCGCGAGCCCGAGUCCUGCAGGUUACGUUGCCACUCCGUCCCCAAGUGGUACUGGAUACACUACCAGCCCACAUGGAGCAUUUGCGACUCCGUCUCCGAUGGGCUACAGUCCUAUGACACCUGGGAUACCAGGUAGUCCAUACAAUCCACAAACGCCCGGUUCAUCAAUGGAUGCAGUUGGUUCUGGCAUCAUAGGUAGCUCGGAAUGGCACACGACGGAUAUUGAAGUACGUAUUCGCGACUCCCACGACGAUCCUGCACUCGCUGGACAGCAAGCAGUCAUCCGAGGAAUUUCAGGCGGUAUGUGCACCGUUUAUCUACCUACUGAAGAUCGAGUUGUGAACUUAGUAUGCGAACAACUGGAGCCUGUGGUACCGUCACGUGGCGACCGAGUCAAAGUGAUUCUAGGUGAAGACCGCGAAGCUGUCGGCACUUUACUUUCGAUCGAUAAUCAAGAGGGAGUGGUAAAACUCAACACAGACGAGAUAAAAUUCUUGCAAUUGCGAUUUUUGUGUAAAAUGAAAGAAUCUAAAAAUUAAUUUUUUAAUUCGUACACACUGAUACAUUUAUUAUGAUAUUUACGAUAAUUUAGCGAAUAAAUAUCUUCUCUUGUUUUACAAUGUUUAUUUUAAACAUUUGCAUUCUUGUAUAAUAUACGUCUAAAUAGCUAAUAUAGUAACAAUAAAUAAUAUCUUUAUAAGACUAUUUUAUCUCUUGUUCUACAUUAUAAUUUGUAGCAAUGAUAAGAAAAAAAGCAUCAUUUUUCGAUUUUUAAUUAUGUCAUGGUAUAAUUUUAGAAUAUACAUAAAUUGACUAUGUACAAUAUCAUUCAUUGUUAUGAAAUUAUUGAUUAUUUAUCUGCGUGAUUCAAUGAAUAUGUAUUAUACUACAAUUGUA